UGUGUGAAGAUCCGAGAGAAGAAGCGAAACUUCUCAUUUUACGACCACCCUUUUCUCCCUUUCCAUGUGUAUGCUCCUGUGCCAUCCCCGUUAAGAGCUCCACCCCUCAUUCGACGCCUUUUUUUGAGAGAGAAAGAGGCACGCACGCAAGCAAAAAAAGAAACUAUUGUGUCGUGAACAGCAGUUUUGCAACUGAAAUUCAUAAACUCAACUUUCUAUUUUGAUCCCAUAACUAUUCAACUGUGUCUAUAUUGAACUAGCCUGUCCCAAUUUCUGAAAAAAAAUGUGCGACGAUCACCUGGAUGUCAAACUCGUUAUUACGGAGAUCGAAGAUAUGGCGCCUGCCGCAAUUUCUUGGUACAGUUUCACACAGGAGGAGAAAAAUGAUCUGGAACAUUCUUGGAAUCUUGUCGAAGGAAAGAAGAAUCACAUUGCUUGCGAUAUAUACGAAAUGAUUUUUAAUCAGUGUCCGGAAGCGCGUCGACUUUUUCCGAAACUGAAGUUUGUUGGUUCGAAACCUGAUAGGAAAAACAACGAAUUUGCAUUUCAAGCAAUGAGAUUUAUGCAGGUUAUCGAAGGAGCAGUAAAAGCACUUGACCAUUUAACUUCCCUCGAUGUUAUUCUGGAUAAUUUAGGCAGACGACAUGGGAAACUUGAAGUUAAUGGAAAAUUCAGAUCAUAUUACUGGUCAGUAUUUCUCGAAUGUUCUAUUUAUUGCCUCCGUCACGCAUUUUCAAAAAGAAUGAACGACAAAGAAGUAGAUCACGUCAUUAUUCUAUGGCGAUACCUUCUUCGUGACGUUAUGAAAAAAAUUAAGGCCGGAACAACAGCAGACAUAGCUCACCGAUUGCAUCAAAUGAGUCUGGACGAUUCAAGAAAAUAUUCUCUUCCAGCUAUUCAACAUAAAGAAUCAAAUGCAUCAUCGGCAAAUACCGACUUUGACGAUAUUCUCUGAAAAGUUCAACGAAUCUCAUUUUUCUUCAUUCUCUUCAUCGGCCAUUUCCACCGAAAUUUCCGGGGCUUCUAUCUCAUAUUGUGGAUUAUUUUCCAUUCACUCAAUGUUCUUUUAUUUAAUUUUCUGAUAUUGAUUUACAAUUUAUUGAUCAUUUUUGAUGACGUUUUUGAAAUAAAACAAUUGAUAAAAUAUAUAC